AUGGAGAGAUAUUUGGUUCUUGUAGUGUUGACUUUAUUCUUCAGUGAACUGGCGACUCCUGCACUCGGCUGUGAAUCGAAAUCUGACUGUGAUGAUGGUACCGGUGUUAAUAGCAAGACUAAUAAAAUUGUGCUUAUCGCUAUCUUCGUUCCAAUUGGUCUCAUAUGCAUUGUGCUGUUCUGCAUCUGCAUUUGUUUCGGUGGAGCGUCAAGAGGCAGUGGUGAUGGUGGAGUAUACCGGGGAGGUUACGGCGGCGGGGGCGAUUGUGGGGGAGGGGGCGAUUGUGGGGGUGGUGGAGGGGACGGAGGUGGAUGCUAA